CAGCGGUGUCUCCGAUGAGGUCAUGCAGAUCGACGUGGAAAUCCAAGAGCCCAGCGACCCGCCCGCCACCCAGCUGGUCACGUGGCAGGUGGAAUACCCGGGAGGUGUGGUAUCGGACUUGGGCGUCUCCAAGAUCUACGUGAGCCAGAAGGACCUGAUCGGCGUCAUACCACUGGCCAUGGAGGCGGAGCUCCUGAACACCGCCAUCCUUACCGGGGAGACGGUGGCCGUGCCGGUGAAGGUGGUCUCUGUGGAGGAGGAUGGCACCGUGACACACCUGCUCACCUCUGUGCAGUGCCGCUCGUCCGAUGAAGACGUCAUCAAGGUGUCCGACCGCUGCGACUUCGUGUUUGUCAACGGGAAGGAAAUGAAGGGCAAGGUGGGCGUGGUCGUGAACUUCAGCUACCAGCACCUCAGCCGCCCCCUGGAGAUGACGGUGUGGGCCCCACGGCUCCCGCUGCAGAUCGAGGUCACGGACGCCGAGCUGAACCAGGUCAAGGGCUGGAGAGUCCCCAUCGUCCCCAACAAGAGGCCAGCUCGGGACAGCGAGGAAGAGGACGAGGACGAGCGGCGGGGACGGGGCUGUGCCCUCCAGUACCAGCACGCCAUGGUGCGUGUGUUGACACAGUUUGUGGCUGAGGCAGCCGACGGCGGGGGCCACCUGGCCCACCUGCUGGGCUCAGACUGGCAGGUGGACAUCACGGAGCUGGUGACAGACUUCAUGCAGGUGGCUGAGCCCCGGAUCGUCCGCCUGCACGGGGGCCAGGUGCUGGCUGGCCAGGAGCUCGGGAUGACCACCAUUCAGAUCCUGUCGCCUCUGUCGGAUGCCAUCUUGGCUGAAAAGACCAUCACUGUGCUGGAAGAGAAAGUGACAAUCACAGACCUUGGGGUCCAGCUGGUGACAGGGCUGUCACUCUCCUUGCAGCUCAGCCCAGGGAGCAACAGAGCCAUCUUCGCCACAGCAGUGGCUCAGGAGCUUUUACAGAGGCCCAAACAGGAAGCAGCCAUCAGUUGCUGGGUCCAGUUCAGUGACGGCUCUGUCACGCCCUUGGACAUUUACGACGGGAAAGACUUCUCCUUGACGGCCACCUCCUUGGAUGAGAAGGUGGUCUCCAUCCAUCAGGACCCCAAAUUCAAGUGGCCUCUAAUCGCUGCUGAAAGCGAAGGACAGGGUGCUUUGGUGAAGGUGGAAAUGGUCAUCAGUGAAUCGUGCCAGAAAUCCAAGCGGAAGAGCGUGCUAGCCGUGGGGACAGCCAACAUCAAAGUGAAGUUUGGCCAACACGAUGCCAACCCCAACACCAGUGACAGCAGACACAUGGGCACAGGAGCCCACCUGGAAAACAGCGUCCGUGACCGAAGACCUAAGAAGCCCCUGCAAGAGUGGCGGAGUCAAGAGGGACAGUUCUACAGCAGCUCUUCCACGGGCCUCACGGAAGGAAGAGGGUCCACCACAGAGAGGUCAACCUUCCAGAACAACAACGGCCGGGAAAGACUCUUAGAUGAUGGCAGCCGCCUGGAUACCUUCCCAGCGCAGGCGGACGUCCCCCGAAGCCAUGGGGAGGCGGACGAGGAUGACCCCGCCCAGGCAGCCAAAGGCCUGAGCGACCUGGAGGUCGGCAUGUACGCCCUGCUGGGCGUCUUCUGCCUGGCCAUCCUGGUGUUCCUCAUCAACUGUGUGACCUUUGCGUUGAAGUACAGGCAUAAGCAGGUGCCCUUGGAAGAGCAGGAAGGUCUGAGUCACUCCCACGAUUGGGUUGGGCUGACCCACCGGGCAGAACUGUUGGAGAAUCACGUGAACUUGGUGUCGUCUCAGGAUGAGCAAAUCACCGCCGUGGACAGAGGCCUGGACUUCGAAGAGAGUAAGCGUCUCCUGCACACCAACUCCCCAAAGAGCAUCAAUGGGCCGCUGUUCCGAUCUCCGGGACUUGCAGUCGUGGACGGGAAAGGUCAGAAGAGCGAGCCACCAACGUCCCCUACCUCAAAAAGGAAAAGAGUGAAAUUCACCACCUUCACCACCGUCUCACCGGAUGACGGGUGCCCCGCCGUGCAUUCUAUAGUGACCGGCGGUGAGGAAAACGCAAGCUGGGACCUGGACCCUGGGGAACGCAGAGAGCGACACAGCUACCUGGAGGGGUUACAUGAAGGUGUGUAAGCAGGACAUUCGCAGGCAGUGCUUCCCACUCACCUUUCGGCCUUUAAUUUGGGGAUGUGUGGCAAUGGGGGAGGGGACAGGACAAGAUUUGGAGAGCCCCAGAGAACGCCCCUGGCUCAGUGGGGAGGCCCGAGUCGGACCCAUGCACUCAUUCCAGCUUACAGUGUCUGGUCAAUGUUAAGAGGUUUGUCCUGUGUGGCGAGAUGUUUAGAACUUGGAAGAAAAAUGGGUUCUGCAUCCCUGGGCUUCUGAGAGCUUCCAACAAAGAGCAGUCCCUCUCUUUCUUUAAGCAACACGAUUUGGGUGUUGUGAAGUCCACAUGGUUCCAGUAUUGAAUACUGCAGACUAUGGAAGAAAAGUGAAGGGGAUCGAUGGGGGACGUGUGUCCUUGGAACUGGAGCAGGUCGUCUUGCUGAGAGCGCCACCAGAGGCAGCGUGAUUGUUCCCUAUCAUCGCCUGGGUGCUGGGUCAGAGCAGGCCCGGCUACUACAGCCCAGGCAGCUGCUCAGAAGGACGUAAAGGGAGCACGUGGAGACAUGGGCCACACGUACCUUUGUAACUGGAUGCCAAGAACAGACAAACAAACAGAAGCCCUCGUAGCGGUUCAGGGCAGGCCUCGGUGGAAACCAGGGGUGUGGGCCCAGAAUCUCAAUCAGGUUCAAAGCAGUGGGCUUUUUUUAGCAAGUUCACUAUGUUGAAAUCUGUACUCCCUACUGCGUCACCACCCUUCCACAGUCACUGGUCCUUGGGGGGUAGUGGGGGCAGUUUCCAGCGUUCACAAAGUCUUUGUGUCAGCUGCUAGGUGACGGCCAUAGAGAAGCCCCACCAGGCGCCCUUCACACGUCCUUGGAAGAGGCUGGUCUUUGAGGGUAAAGAGGAGUCAUGAGGAAUUCAACACUGACAGACGCAGGGCCGUGCUUCUCUAGAAAGAAGACGGCCAUUUGGCGGUGGGUCUGGCGACAGUCACGUUGGGUCUCCCAUCCAGGGCUAUUGACACAAAGGUGUGUCGUGUGCAGGGUAAGCAGAAUCGGGGCUCUGGGUGUGUAAGGGUGGGUGUGGCACAACGUAAGGCCCCCACCUUGGAGAGAGGGACGGACCCGACGCACCAACGGAUGGCGGUUCUAUGCAAGCGUUUGGUUCUGGGCAGUCCUGAAAGGUUAACGCGGCUUGAACUCAGGAUGGCCCGUGAAUGUUCUCAAAUCCCUCGGAGGCAAAGCCCAGAAACAUGGAGGUGGAGGAAGAGGUGAGCAGAGUCACGCGUGGCCCGAGGCAGAGACCAUGCCAGCCAGACCCUGAGAGACACAACUGAGGCCAGAGCUGCGAGAGGCACGGCUGUGGAAUCAGGAUCUCUCUCUCUCUCUCUCUCUCUCUCUCUCUCUCUCUCUCUCUCUCUCUCUGUCUGGGUUUUCCCCUGUGUCACUUUCUGUCUCUCUCUCCUCUAAUUCUCUCUUUCUCUGGGUGUCCGUGUCUCUCCGUGUGUGUCUCCCUCCCUUUUCUCUCUCUGACUCUACAUAAGCCUAUGAUUCAAUCCCCCUUAACAACGUGGACAGCUUACCCUCCCGCCCUCAGCACGCUCCCCUCCAGCUGAGGCAUUUCCCACUUGCCGGGGAUAUCUGUCGCCCUGUGCCCAGGUUUACUGACCCCGUCGGCUCGGGUGAUGAGACUCACCCUCCCUGAUGACACGCCUGUGCUUGCAGCGGCCUCCCUACUUCCCACUCGAGCCCACGAGCGGUCUGUUCCGUCCCACAGCCGCUGGACCCCUCAGUCUCUGUGCGAGCAGAAGGUACUGCAGAUCAUAAGGAUGUAAUCUGUAUUUAUAAACCUCCCGACUGUAAAUAUAAAGUUUGCCUUCAGCGUGUUUAUGGCCAUCCUUCGUCUUUCCACACGCUGACCCCCUUCUGAGGGGCUGGCGUCAACUGCAAAUGGCUCUGCAAACGCUGUGGCUUUGGGUAAAUGAACACACAGAUGUAAGGAUCCCAGCGCUAUCCAAUUACACCCUUACAUCGUGUAACGCCGCUCUCUACUCUGAGACGAUGUUGACACAUGAUGACAAAGUGCAUUGUGCAGUAAGUGUCCCUCCUUCAGGACCUGAAAGGAUUUGCAAAUAAAUCAACAUGCAAUUCUGCACUAAAAGCCCGCUGAUGGAUGGCAGCAAGCGAGAACUGCGGCAGGCGCGCGUAGAUCCCAGCCUCCUUUCCGGCUGGAGCGAGGAAACCACCCUGGCCUUGCCUUGGAUCUCACACGUCCUACAUUCAGAUGUCAACCUCCUGAGGCGUGUGUGUGCCUGUGGUAACUGGGCCGCGUUAAACACAGGCUGACCUUCAGAGUCCUCUAAAAAUCCAAUGCAGCACCGAGACGAUUCCACAGAAAAAGCGAGUUGCAUGAAAUCGUGGGUGCAUGCAAACGCCGUCAGGUGAAGGGUCGUUCAUCUAUUCGACUGGCAUUUAUUGAGCACCUACUAUGUGCUAGGAAGUAUUGCAAGCACUGGGAUAGAGCAGUAAAUAUGGUAGGCCCAUGCUUUCUCUCAAACACCUUACAUCUCGUAGGGAGUGGGCGAGAUGAGAGAAACAACGAACAAUUUUCAUACCAUCGUAAGUUUUAUAAAGGACACAGGUUACAGAACAGGCACAGAGUCAGUCAACAUUUAGCGCGGUGCCCAUUUUACCUAAAACAAUCUAGAUUUCUGUCUUCUCUUGAAAAUUCAGCUGGAUGCCCACACUUGGCCCCACCUGGGCAUGGUGGGUUUGCUGUGGCCACGUCCAGGCAGGACGCGAGCUCCCCACGUAGCCACAGACCCCCACACCCAGAUUGUUUCCGACAGAAUGCAAGUGUCACUUACCGUCUAUCUACCCCAUCUCUUAUAACAGGGAAAUAAUUUGCCCUUGUCAUGUUUCUCCCCCAAAGUGCGGGAAACAGAUACACACGGAGGGAGCUGUGUGUUCUCCAGACAAUGAGGAACAAGUGUAUUGCUUUAUGGAAGAGGAACUAUCCCUGUGUGUCUCCUGGGAAAAUACAGAACGUCGUUGUCUGAGAAACGCAGCCUAGAGCGCCACGACCUCACAACCCUUCCUGCGAUCUGUGUGCCCAGAACUGGAGAAAGAAAUGACAAGAGAGUCUUAAGGAACUGACGUUGCAACAGGGUGUCUUUUGAAUAUGAUU